GCUACAAGGAGCGGGUGACUUCGCCCGCUGCACAAUAUUUCGCAUCGCUCGGGAACGCUUGUCUAAGAACUGACCUCAGCAACGCUAACUGAAGCGGCAUCAAGCUGAAGCUGCGUGUCCGGCGACCACACGCCCUCUGCGCUCGUCCAUGGUAAUCUCGGCGCCCGGCACGGUUUCAACACGAUUACUGCGACUCACCAGCGAAGAUGACGAAAGCAAUUGGAUCGUCGUGUCACAAUUUCGGCAGUACACGCGUGGUCGCAGCAGUGUAUCAAGCCAAAAUUACAAAAGCAAGCUAUAGUUAUUCCCGCAGAACCAGAACGAGGGCUAAUUUUCGAAGUGGCACGUGCUGUCGAGGGCGUCGUCCACAUCCCGUUAAGGUCGUGGAGGUCAUUGAGAGCACGGUCAAGAAGCUCACUGACUCGACGCUGUUCGUCGCAAUAUCUGGCAAUCUGGAUAAUGUUUCGCUGAACCACUACGCCGACGUUCGCCUGAAACACCUUCAGGAGAGGCUUAAGCCUGGAGGGAGCAUCAAUUGCCGCGUCUUGAUGGUCAACCGCAAGCGAAGGCGUGCUGUUCUUACCGCCAAGAAGGUCCUGAUUGACUUAUCCUUACUUAUUGUAGCAAGCUUGGAUGACGCGAAGGAGGGCUUUAUCAUUCGCACGAUUGUUAUCAGGGCAUCAGAGAAGAGCCCGCAGGUCAAGUUCCACAACAACUCAAAGGCUAUUGUGCCUACUCGAGAGGCCAGUGAUACCAUAAUUGCGUCGCUCUCUGAAGCCCUCAUAAUGGGUAGGACCGUCCAGGCCCGCAUAAUCUCUUGCAACACUGAGACGAGACGUAUCGUAUCUGGCAUACGCCAAGCUUCAGUGAACUCCAAGGACACUGCCGCUAUUCAGAAUGUCGAAAUUGGUCAUUCAAUCAGGGGCAUUGUCUCUGGGCUUCAGAAGGAGAAGGCCAUCGUCACGCUCAAGUUGACACGAGUUUGCGUGUUGCUUUCCCUCAAUAACCUCAUUGGCAGGCGCGGAAACACUGUCGCCUAGCUCCGGAGCGGUCUCACAGUUGGCAACAAAUUGACGAGCCUUGUUAACUAUUGUAACCCGGAGGAGAGCUUCGUUCUCGUCGCAUCCAAGUCAAGGAGGAGGGAAUCCUACAAAAAAGUGCCCUCAUCCUCGAGAGUGCGCAGAUUGGCCAAAUCGUCGAUGGUGUUAUUGUACACCAUAUCCACUCAGGCACAUCUGUAAAACCCACUUCACAUAUAUCUGAUUCCUUAC